UUAAGACGAACAACACAGAAUCACAUAUUUUUUCAAGAUAAUAAUUGAAAAAAAGGAACAAUCUGUUUUCUUUCUAAAAUGAAUUGGAAUUCCCCGAAAGACGAGCCAUCGGCUUCUUCAAACUCGUCAACUCGCAACCAGAAGCAGAAUUCCGGAGCCGGAGCUGACUCAAACUUGCCGCCAAACGGACCGAGGCGAUCGGCAAGAAUCGCCCACAAAAAUGAGCUUAAGAGGCUGGCCAUGGCCGAAAUAAAUGAAGUCCCUUCUGAGCCAAAAGUCAAAAUGUCGAAGAAAACAGUAGGGAAAAAGGUUUCCAAAUCUUUGCUACAGAAAGCAAAGCAAGCGAACCUGGUAAUGUCCCCGAUUUUCAGGACAGCCAUUUCAGGAUCUGUUGCCUCGGUAUUAUCCACUAUUUCUGAAAAUUCGGUAUUAUUCACAAUUUCUGAAUUUUCAGAAAUAGUGGAUAAUACCGAGGCUGAAUUUUCAGAAAUAGUGGAUAAUACCGAGGCAACCGAUCCUGAAAUUGCUGAACCUGAAAUAGUGGCAACCGAGGCAACCGAUCCUGACCAAAUGGCUAAUCCAGAAAUCGUGGAUGUUACCGAAACAGCCGGCCCUGAAAUUACUGAUCCAGAAACCAAUGAGACUGAUGAUUCACGUACAACCAAAAACAAAUUGAAAUUUAACUGCUGCAUAAGCUAAAAAAUU